GCGGCUGCCCGGGGAGCUCCGCCGGUGUCCGAGCGAAUCGGCAGCUGCCGGCGGCCGCAGGCGCCAAGAUGGUUUGCGGGGGCUUCGCGUGCUCCAAGAACUGCCUGUGCGCCCUCAACCUGCUCUACACCUUGGUCAGUCUGUUGCUGAUUGGAAUUGCCGCGUGGGGAAUUGGCUUUGGGCUGAUUUCCAGUCUCCGUGUUGUCGGUGUGGUCAUUGCCGUGGGCAUCUUCCUCUUCCUGAUUGCACUAGUAGGGCUGAUUGGAGCUGUCAAACACCAUCAGGUGUUGCUGUUUUUUUAUAUGAUUAUUCUCUUACUUGUAUUCAUUGUUCAGUUUUCUGUAUCUUGUGCUUGUUUGGCCCUGAACCAGGAACAACAGGGUCAGCUUCUGGAGGUUGGUUGGAACAAUACAGCAAGUGCUCGAAAUGACAUCCAGAGAAAUUUAAACUGCUGUGGAUUCCGAAGUUUUAACCCAAAUGACACCUGUCUGGCUAGCUGUGUGAAAAGUGGCCACCCAUGCUCACUGUGUGCUCCAAUAAUCGGAGAAUAUGCGGGAGAGGUGUUGAGAUUUGUUGGUGGCAUUGGUCUCUUCUUCAGUUUUACAGAGAUCCUGGGUGUUUGGCUGACGUACAGAUACAGGAACCAGAAAGAUCCCCGUGCUAAUCCUAGUGCAUUCCUUUGAUGAGAAAACAAGGAAAAUUGUUCAUAACCUGAUCUUGUUCGCUGUCUCUAGUUUUAAGUUAAGCUGGUUGCCCAUUUAAGGAAGGAAACAGUAUCUGACAAAUGACGUUAUUGAACGUGGAAUUAUAUAGUUUUACUUUGUUUCUCUAAAUAUUUUUCUUUUUUCCUUGCUGGAAAAAAAUGGAAAAUUGUGGUCUCCUCUGAAGCUCGUUGGCACCUGGAAUCUCCUGUGUCACAGUGUCGGGCGCUGUCCACUGUGGCCUUUCUUAGCAUUUUUACCUGCAGAACAACUUUGUAUGCCACCAUCGUGUUGGUCAUAUGGUGAAUCUGAACAUACAUCUCACUGGAAUAAUUGUGUGUAGCACUGUGCGGUGUAGAUAGUUCCUAAUGGAAAAAAAGUUGAUGUUUAUUAAAGUCAGAACAUAUGAGAUUCUAUUAUGUUGAGUUUAAUAAGGGAAAUCCAAGUUCCCACUAUUUGUUGUCUUUUUAGGAAAGAUGUGUUGUGAUAAAAUGUGUUAAUAUAAAAGUAAUAAUUUACUUCUAGUAGUUCUUUUAUGAUUACAACAGUGUAUUCUAGAAAUAGCUAUGUCUUUAGGAAAUUGGGGUUUCAUUUUUAACUUUUACAGGUAAGUAGGAAGGAGAUGUGAUCUCAUAAAAUGCUCUUAUGUAUGACAUGACUUUCAGCCUUCAGAAUGGAAUGACUUUGACUAAUUCAGGAAGUGUGUCUAUAUAAUCUUGAUAUUGUUUUAUAAUUUGAAGUCUAAAAGACUGCAUUUUUAAACGAGUUACUAUUAAUGCGUUGGCCCACGUAGCAAAAAGAUAUUUGAUUAUCUUAAAAAUUGUUACCUUUUUCAUGAAAUUUCUCAGUAUUGUAACAGAAAUUUGUCAAACCCAAGCAUAUUUGAAUGUGAUAUUCCAUACUUUGAAACUGAAAUAGUAUUGUGGUUCUGUAUAUUGUGUUAAAAAAUUAAAGGACAGAAACCUUU